UAACACAAAUAAACUGUGAUUUUAGAAGUUAUUAAUAUAUCAACGAAAUCGAACGUGGAAUUGUUUGUUGUAUUGAACGAAGCAUUAAGAAAACUUGUGUGCUGUAAUUGUAAAUUGAAGACUUAAAUUACAAUGAGCGGAGAGGCAAUAUCAUAUGACGACGUGAGCUAUGUGGAUGUAAACGCGCUGCCUUUGAAGCCGCCGCAGCCGUUCGUCCCGCCAGACAAGGCCGUGCGUCGGGCGUGGCACCCAGUCAUGUGGGAUGACAGCAACCAAGAAGACCAAUCGGUCAAGGAAGACGAGGAGGAACAAAAAUCUAAAGAAUACCCACACAAAAAACAGAUUCGUAACAUCAAGCGUCUCGUAGCAGAAGGAAAAUUAAAACCGACACCUGAAACUCUCAUCUUUUUCCUUUGUAAUAAAUUUGCGAUAUCUGAAGAAAGGCAGGCGAAAAUGAAUUCUGGUUAAUAGGCGACGAUUAAUUUUUCAACUAAAUUAACAAAAUAAUACUGUAAUUAGACUAAAAUAUAUGUACUAAAACUAAUUUUGUGAUAAUAUUUGUAUUGUGGAACAUUCAUAAAAGAAACAACUGUAUUAAUACAAUAAUUGGUUUAAAAUGUGAUAUAAAUAUUAAUUAAGAAAUAAAAUGUAAUAAUGUAUCAAUUUAUAUUUUCAUACUUUAGCAUUUGUUCUUUUCGACCAAGGUAAUAAAUAACAAGGGCAAUAAAUAGAAAAAAAUUAAAUAAAAAUAAAAAUCUAUCCGUGUAA